UGACCAAUCAUAGUCGACUAUUGAAAAGAGCUCCGCCUGCUCCGCGCGCACGUUUGCGACACUCUCGCCGCCAGACGUAGAUCAACGUAGAGUCGUAGACCCGCGGUGACCCAGUCCGAUCUGUCCUAACCUUAACGUCAAAAUUUGUCAUCCGCACGGAGGGCGAGAGAGAGAGAGGGGCAUCGUUCGUCGUUGCGAUAAUUCGGAGUUCCGCGGGGGUGCAACGACGUCGGGGACGAUGCUGUCGUCGGGACACGACUGAUCCGCACGAGCGCGCGAGACCGAGCGACAUCCCGCGCGGAGUAGAAAGCGGUGCUAUGGGAACGUCUCUGGCCGCCGAGUGAUGACACCCGGACCGUCGUUUUCUGCGAAGGAGAUCGAGUGAUAUUCGAGAGCAACCUGUGUGCGCGUUAAUUUAAAACAAUGAUGGAGUUGAGUCAUAGUCUUACCCUCAACGAGGAUGCCCUCAAUCAGAUCCCGGAGGCCAAGCGACCGGUCUUCAUUUUCGAGUGGCUGCGCUUUCUGGACAAGGUUCUGGUUGCCGCUCAAAAGAAUGAUAUUAAAGGAUGCCAGCAAAAGUUAGUGGAGCAAUUAACCAGGCAUAUGCAAGGAGCGCCUGGUCCGCCCACCCGGCGUCUCAUCGCAAGGUGCCUGGCAACCCUGUUCAGCGUGGGCGAUACGUUUCUGCUCUUCGAUACUGUCAACAAGUGCAAUGACAUCUUGAGGAACAAGGACGACUCGCCGAGCUUCCUACCUACGAAACUAGCUGCUAUUUGCUGCGUGGGAUGCAUGUACGAGAAACUGGGACGAAUGAUGGGCAGGUCGUACGAGGAGACUGUGCAGAUCCUGAUAAAGUCCUUGCGCUCCGCGGAAUCGCAGACGCGGAUAGAGAUCAUGCACACGUUGGAAAAGGUGUGCGCUGGAAUGGGAUCCGCGAUAACCAAUGUGCAUAAGGAGAUAUACAAGGUUUCGAGGCAUUAUCUAACCGACAGGGUGAUGGCAGUGAGAUGCGCCGCUGCUAAGUGUUUGUUGGAGAUGUUGAAUCACGCCCCGUUUCUGUACACGACCGAGAUCGAAAGCGUUGCGACGUUAUGCUUCCGAGCAUUUGAGGGCUCGAAUUACGAGGUGAGAUGCUCCGUCGCAAAAUUGCUAGGCACCCUGGUGGCAAUGACACAGCUUCCUCCGCCCAAGAUAAAAAAUCCUACAGUUGCGCACAACAAAGGUGUUAAACAGGCGUCGCUUGAAGAGGUGUUAAAUAUCCUGAUGUCCGGAUUUUUGAGAGGCGGCGUCGGCUUCUUGAAAGGAACCGGCGAGAUCAUAAAGGGAAGCUCCAGCAUAAAUAGAGAAGUGCGAGUUGGAGUGACACACGCGUACGUAGUGUUCGUUCAAAUGUUAGGCGGCACCUGGCUGGAACGAAAUAUCGGCGCUUUAAUCGCGCACGUUUUAGACCUGGUUACAAAUCCAAAAGCCGCUAGCUCGCACGUCGAGGCGGUGUACUCGCGCAAAUGCGUCAAUUUUAUAUUGCGCGGUACUAUCGGCAAAUUGUUGGGGGAAGGCGCUCAGGCAGCUGCUUGCAAAGAAAUAGCGCACAUCAUCUUGAAGCAGAUGAACUCCAUCGAUUUCAGUCCGGAAAACGCCAAGGAUUGCAAUCAGGAGACAUUAUUCAGCCAGCAUUUGUUAGUGUGCGCGCUGCAAGAAAUGGGCAAUCUGAUAUUGGGAUUGGGUACCACAGCUACGAACUUGCUAUCCGAUCAAUCUCUAAGUCUGAUCGAUGCCAUAAUGGCAGUUCUGGUGCAUCCGUGUCAAGCGGCUAGACUGGCGGCUUCCUGGUGUUUACGGUGCAUAUGCGUGGCGGUGCCGAGUCAGAUAACACCUCUGAUCGACCGUUGCGUCGACGGGAUUGAGAAUAUGCGUAGCUCGCCGGAAGCUAUAGCCGGUUACAGCAGUGCUCUCGCCGCGGUGCUAGGAAGUGUUCGCCUGUCACCUUUGGGAGUCCCUCAUACCAAGGGGAAGAUAAUUUUCAAUACAGCGGAAGAGCUCCUGAGAAGCGCGAGUCAGAACAGUCGCUUGUCCUUAAAUCGCACGCACGCAGGAUGGCUCUUGAUAGGAGCGAUAAUGACUCUAGGCACAGCAGUAGUAAAGGGUUUGUUACCGAGAAUGUUGCUUCUCUGGAGAAACUCCUUCCCGCGCUCGAACAAGGAACUCGAGAGCGAGAAAGCUCGCGGCGACGCUUUCACGUGGCAGGUGACUUUGGAAGGACGUGCCGGCGCAUUGUCCGCUAUGUACAGUUUCUUGCUGCACUGCCCGGAACUUCUGAACGACGAUAUUACACGACGAUUACUCACGCCGAUCGAAUCCGCUCUGGCAAUGCUGACAAAUUUGUCUCCUGUUUUGAAGAAUUAUGGUCAGCAAUUAAAAGCUCCUGCGGCCAUGGUUCGUUUGCGCUUAUACGAAACGUUGUUGCUGCUACCGCCGCAAAUGUUUGAAGGUUCUUACACGCAUCUUCUGAGAAUGCUGGUAUCGGAGUUCACGCUCACAGAUAAUCCUGGAAACACGACUACUUCCUUACUGAGUGUAGUUUGCCACGCCAACGACUCUGUGAUUCUUGGUACGUGGCUGCAGGAGACUGAUCAUCGCACAAUAGAAGAUCAAAUGGAACCAAACAGAAGGGCAGAUUUAGAACAUCUUCAACCAAACAGUGCUGCGGGAUCUGGGGCAUUGGAACAUAAUACAUGCUGCCUCUAUAGACCAAUGCCACACUUUGAAAUGAUCCCUGGUCCUUUGCCGUUGGGUGUAGCGGUGAUUGAUUUGUCGGUCGCGUUAUUCGGCCAGAUAUUCCCGCGUGUGGCAAACAAGCACAGACUGCAGAUGUUGGAUCACUUCAGCGAGUGCAUAAAACAUACCAAGUCGGGGAGGCAGGAAGCAAUACAAAUGAAUGUGUUCACGGCUGUAUUGAGCGGCUUGAAGGGUCUCAAUGAAGCGAAAACAGGCUUCGGACAGGAAGACGUGAAGAAAUCCGCCACUAAUCUCAUCAUCAGCACGCUGGUCAGCAGCAAUCCUAUUCUACGAUGGGCGGCGGGAGAAGCGGUGGGCAGAAUGGCUCAGGUGAUCUCCGAUCCCAAGUUCACCGCGGAAUUGGCGCAGACCAGUUUUGACCGGUUGAAAUCUGCUCGCGAUGUGGCCAGCAGAACCGGCCACUCGUUGGCGUUGGGCUGCCUUCAUAAAUACGUCGGCGGAAUGGGCUCUAGCCAGCAUCUUAACACCAGCGUCAGCAUCCUGCUUGCACUCGCUCAGGAUAAUUCGUCUCCCGUAGUGCAAGUUUGGGCGCUGCACGCUCUGGCUCUGAUAGCUGAUUCCGGUGGACCAAUGUUCAGAGGCUACGUUGAGCCUACGUUGUCCCUAGCGCUGACCCUUCUUCUAAAUGUUCCUCAUUCCUACAUCGAUGUACAUCAAUGCAUCGGAAAGGUUUUAUCUGCGCUCAUCACGACAAUAGGACCAGAGUUACAAGGUAACACAACAACGAUUUGUAUGGCACGAUCGUCAUUUUUGUGCGCGUGUGCCAUUAUGCAGGAUCAUCAGGACCCACUCGUUCAGGCCGAAGCGACCGGCUGUCUUCAGCAGUUACAUCUCUUUGCACCCAGACAUGUCAAUUUAUCUUCCCUCGUUCCUACACUAUGCCGUACUCUAUCGAGCAAUCAUUUACUCCUGCGUAAAGCUGCAAUAUCGUGUCUUCGGCAGCUCGCUCAGCGCGAAGCGAAAGAAGUAUGCGAGCAUGCGAUGACUCUGGCUAAUGAAAGCAGAGAUACUAACGUGGUGGAAGGUCUCGUUAUCACUGAGACCGGUCUUCCGGGCGUGUUAUUCAGUAUGCUGGAUACGGAAACUGACAGUAAAUUAAUCAAAGAUAUUCACGAUACUUUAACGAGCAUGCUGCACAUAUUAGCGGCCGACAACCUGUCUCAAUGGUUGUCACUGUGCAAAGAUGUUCUCACGAUAGCUUCAGAAUCGAGCACGGUCGAAGAAGGCAAUGCGGCGAAUGCGGAGGACAGCGCCGUUGAUAACGAAUCGGCGGAUGCCGAGGGCGACGACGACCAGGCUGAGUUCCACGCCGACGAAUCUACGAAACAGCGACCGUCUAUCACACCGAGGUGGCCAACGAGAGUCUUCGCGGCACAGUGCGUUCGACGCAUCGUCGCGGCUUGCGUGAAUGACAAGCAGGCGCACUUUGAUCUCGCCCUAGCCAAAGAGUUGCAGCAAUCUAAGGGAAAAGGAGAUUUUCUGGUGUUACAUCUAUCGGACUUGGUGCGCAUGGCAUUCAUGGCCGCAACGAGUGAUUGCGAUCCAUUGCGGCUCGAAGGUCUCAAGACCUUGCAAGAAAUCAUUGAUAAAUUCGCCAAAGUUCCCGAGCCGGAGUUUCCCGGACACUUGUUGCUGGAGCAGUUUCAAGCACAAGUCGGAGCUGCUUUAAGACCAGCAUUUUCUGCGGAAACACCGUCGCAUGUUACAGCCGCAGCCUGCGAAGCUUGCAGCGCAUGGAUCGGCAGCGGUGUCGCUAGAGAUCUCAAUGAUCUACGGAGAGUGCAUCAAUUACUCGUGUCAUCGCUGGAGAAAUUGAGAGAAGGUAACACUCGACCGCAGCUGUAUAAUGAGAGCCUGUCGACGUUGGAGAGAUUGGCAAUCCUGAAAGCAUGGGCAGAGGUGUACGUAGUUGCGAUGAUAAGAGACGGAUCCGCAUUGAAUAGCAAAGAUACCACUAAUCGAAACGCGAAUCAAGUUGACGAAGCUAACGAGGAAGAUUUUGGGGAGUUCGAGUUUCAGAGCGAAAGUUUGCUCAGCCUCGUGCAGCCGGAGCUAUUGAGUCUAAGUCAACAUUGGCUGUCCGCGUUAAGAGAUCAUGCGCUACUCUCUUUGCCACCAGAAUUCUCCAGUCAGUUGCCGCACGACGGUGGUGCCUUUUACACGACAGACACUAUGGAGUCCGCGCGUCCUCAUUAUGUAGAAUCGUGGGCACCGAUUCUUCACGCCGCGACCCUCUGGCUCAAUGCGAGAGGAUUCGAAAUGGGGGACGACAGCCAGGAGAAGGCGACGUCGAAUCUUACAAAUAAUAACAAUCAUAACAAUAUUAAUAACAACGACGAAGCUGCUGCUUCUAAUUCUAAAACUAAUAUGAAUGUUGAACGUUUUCACUUGUUAUUUGGUAUAUGCAUGGAGGCAUUGUGCAGCCCUCGCUCUUCCGAGUCCCCGCAAAAUAUAAAGACAUGCUUAAAUGCGUUAUACACGCUGCUCGAUUCAACGUGGGCACGUAAGGUCUUCAUCACGGAUCGUUCCUUGCCGAUCGAAUUAUGUAAUGUUCUUCAUAGAUUGCUUUUAACGCGAGAGAGUUAUGUCAUCCAAAUGAUAGUGAUGGAGGUACUGAAGCAAGUGAUGAAAGCAGCGCAGGAAGAUCUUACUGCGAGGAAAAAAUUAAAGCUCAAAGAUAACGCAUCGGCGCAUGAAGAAAGCAACGAAACGACAGAACUGGAUCUGCUGGGUGAGGGAGAAGAAAGUGGCGAGCUUACGCCAGGCAAAUCAUUGGUGUUCGCUGUCCUGGAGGUAUGUCUGUGUCUCCUGGUACGGCAGAUACCAGCGCUGAAUCCGAAUCCCGGCGGCGCCACGGCCAUCUUGUCUCAGAAAGGAUACGUACCAUCCGAGAAGACUGGCAAGCUGAUCGCAUCGUCCCUCAAUAUAAUGGAAUCUCUUCCUACAUUAUGUUCCCCGCAAGGUGCAGUAGCAAUUCUCCCGACGCUUCUGUAUUUGGCAACGGGCGUGAUACGCGAAACCGCGGUGCGUACGGACAACGAUAUCACGAAGGCCAGUUCGGAAGCGCCGGUUCACGCUGCGUUACACUGCGUCAAGAAUCUCAUCAGUAACAAAUACGCCCGGGAUCAUAGGAGUCAAGAGCAAUGGACGGGAUUACUGCGAAGCGCGCUCGCCAAGAUUAUAGAUCUGGCCAAAACAGGCAAUGACGAGACUAAGAUGGAUGAGGUGGCAAUGAUGCUAGGCAUCGCAGUAUUCGUGCUCCAUGCGUCACCAGAUGUGGUGAGCGCUCCAAUUCUGCAAUUUCCAUGUAUUAAUCACUUCCGGCAUGCGUUCCAGUCGGAAAAUUUAACGGUAAAGUUGAAAUGCGUGCAAACAUUAAGAACGAUAUUUCUGCAUCCGGAACGUAAUAUAAGUACGCCAUACAUCCAUGCACUCGCUCCACGACUGGUAGAAUACCUGUACAGCGAUAAGAGCAAACAGGUGACAAACGACAUGGAACUGACUUUUACGCUGGAAUGCAUCAGCACGGUGGAAGCCCUCAUAGGAAUCGCCGACCUCUCUAAUCGAGAUCUGUUACAAGGUAUUCAAAUGCUGACUCUGCUUGUACCCAUUUUGAUCAAUUACUUGCUGGAAGGGGACGAGCUCCAGCGCGCUACAAAGUACCAAGCGAGCCUUCACCAACAGAGUUUUCAGUGGCUCAAUAAGAUCGGGCCAAAAUAUCCGCAGGAAUUUAAGACGCUGAUGUCACAAUCGACCGAACUGAAAACUAAAUUGGAGAACGCCGUAAGAACCAGCCAUCAGCAGGCACAGCGGCAUACCCGACUUGAUCCUGUAAAACCGCCGAUCAAGAUAUCCGCGCCGUCGAUCAAAUUAAAAACCGACUUCUCCAAUUUCAACUAAAGGGGAAAUCUUCUCUGUUGCAGAUAAGAAAUACGAGAUAAUUUGUUAAAACUUCGUAAAACUAACGUAAAUAACGAUAGCAAUUUUAUCGUAGAUCCGAUCGUGUUAACGCGAUUGAAUUCGAUCCAACAAUUAUCAAGCAAAUCGAAUCAAUUGCUGUUUGUAACCUCUUAGCAUCGUGAUAAUUAUAAAGUGAUAUUUCGCUGUUAGAAAAUCGUCGUACUCGACUGUACUUAGAAAUAAAAAUUAGCAACAUUACACAACGGAUGUAAAAGAAUAGGACAAAAUGGGACUCGGAUGGGAAAAUUGAUGUCGGAUGAUCAAUUUAAUCACUAUUAUAAAAAGAUAACUUGUCUUACAUUAUCUUCGCCCCAUUUUAACUUCUUCAUUACUAAGUGUAAUAACGUUCCUAAUUUUCCCUUAUGCUUUUCGAAGUGCAAGAAGAUAACUUUAUAUCAGACUUUCAGAUUGUAUAUAUACACAUAUAGAAUUUAGCGUGCAACAUAGAGAGUAUUAAUUUAUUUAAUGAUUACAAAGAUGCUGAUAUAUUAUAUAUUCUCACCUCACUAUUUCGAUGGAUUAUGAAAGAUAAAAAGUAACAAUCUAAUUUCAUGAAUAGUGCGGUGUUGACAAUUAAGCGACUGCAAAUAUAACGUGCACAAAAUAAGUUAUGUAGGUAACAUAAUAUAGAUAUUUUCGUGCUCAUUCGGAUCGUUAUUCCACGACUCAGAAGUUUUUACUCUGAAAUAAUUUUAAUAUAGUUUUAAUAUAAUUGAUAUAAUUAUUUAUUAACAAGUCAUUCCUUGGGAAAACACUUGCCAUAAAACGGACGGUUAAGCAUCCAGUAGAAAAUAUAGACUGUCUUAAUCGAGGAUAUUUAACGUUCUUCUGACAAGAAGACUGACAACCCGCUAUACUUUUAGUUAACACGCAACUUUUAAUGCAGACAAAUGCAGAGAAAAUAUGUACACGAUUUUGUUUUGCGUAUCUAAAAUUGAUAGUGACGGGUAGGUAGCAACUUUAUCGUACGAACGUCUGAUGUAACAUAUCGAAUUAUACCGAGCUUUUUUUGUAAUACCAGAAUUUUUGUAAAAAUAAACUUUUUUUCUAGACUGCAGCAAGGCGCACGAGAAGCGCCUUCGGUAAAUUAGUACCGUACAAUAUUGGGCAUUACAGCGAACCGAUUAAACGAUCUGCAAUUUUUUAAUAUUUUUUUGUAUUUGAUUUUUUAAUGCCCUAGACAUUGUAGCCCGACAUGGACGAAAAAUAAGAAUGAACUGCGUAACGUAAAUGUGUAUGAAAGUCGAAAUUAGAAGGACAUAAUUCGGAAAGGGUAUCCUCCUUGAAAUUUAAUCGUAUUAUUGCGUUAUCGUCUUAGAAAAUCGCGAUAACGAGCACGUAGAUAGAAACGUUUAGAUUACCGGUGUUGCGGCACGAAAUGUUUUUAUAAUAGAUUAUUUAUUCUAGUCGCGAUUUCAUAAUCGCGCAACGGUGUCCUUGAGAAAAAGAUGUAGGUAAAAGGAAUCGACGGGAAUUUAUUAUGUAAAAUUGAUUCCUCGAGAUUGCCCCUUCCUACCGGAGAGAUUUGGGUUCGCAAAAUACAAAGCUAUCUUUCCAACUACCAUCUGAAGUUCGGCGUAGCGCGAGUCUCGCGAUGUCUGUACAUAAUUGAGUUCGAAUUGCACGGUAGAUCUGACGUAGCGCGUACAAAUUUUGUAGAGUCAAACAAAACGAGUUACGAUAAAUGUGGAAUGGAUUAUGCGCUCGAUAGAAAUGUCCUACUAUUUUUAUAUCAUUAUUUUAGAAACCCGUUGAGAUUGUUUGUAACUUUUAAUUGGGUGCCGAAGAGAGCACGGCCGUUUAUACACGCAAUGUAUAGUGUAACUGAUCCACCGAACUUCCAUGUACGUUUAAGUCGCGAUCCGAUUGAAAUCUCCGAUAAAUAUGGUACAAUUAUAGUAUAUAGCGUUGUAUUACAUAACUGCUGCAGUUUUGACGAGAAUAAAAAUAACUGAUUAGAGAAAUUAA